ACGUGUUGUUUUUCCAAAACAUUACAUGAAAAAAUGCUUUUUGUACAGUGAAAUUCAAUUGACAAAGGUUGAUUUUAUAGGAUAUUAAUACAGAAAGGAUGAAUAUAGGCUUUAGUGACGACAAAAAGCGAAAGAGGUUGAAACAGUGGAGUAUCGAAGAGAGUUUSAAACGACAUAAGACCCACGUCGACAUUGUGCAAGACGAUCCAGGACGGCUGGCAAACAGCUACCAAAAGAUGUCAACUUCUAAUCCUUCGACUUCAGAAGAAGGGGAACUUGUUCGUCGUAGAAAUGUCCUUUCACAGGCGGCAGAAAAAAGAUUAUCAAUUAAGUCCAUUGCAAGUCCRCUUGGUCUGUCAGAAGGUUCUGGGUCUGAUGUUGCUGUUGAAGCAGGCAGCAGUCAUGGUGCUUUGAGUGAGAAUGAAGAAGAAGUUAUGUCUUCACCAGAACUGUUUGACACCUUUCCAGAUUCUCCACCUUUGCCUGAAGAAUAUGAAUUUUCUCCAAGUGAUGCAGAGCCUAGAAUUACYUCAGGAGGUGCACCAUUGUGUAUCUUAAACAAGACRCCAGCUUGCAGCGCCCCUUUGCCGCCUCCCAUGCCACAGCCGGAUCAUACAGUGCUAAUCAGGGUGUCAAAAAAUGGUGACUUUGCUCAACCGCCAAAACCAUCAUACAGUACAUAUAGGGACAAGUGGGACAAAGAUCAUGUUAGGAUGCCGUGCUCAGUGGAAAACCUUUAUCCUGUACAGAAUUCUGACAAGAAAGUCCAGAAAAGAUGGGAGCUUAUAGAGUCGACUCUUCUUGGACCAAUGAAAAGCUCUUAUGAUUUACAGGAUGCGAUCUUGAAAUACAAUGCAAGAUACUCAUCCAGAUGGAAUUUUGGAGCUCUCCAUAGCUAUUUUAAUGAGGUAUUGGAUGGUCAAGAGAGGAAUGAUUUUUUUGUCAAUACUUUACCUGCAAUGGUAAGACUUGCUCUUCAGCUCCCUGUCAUUUGUACACAGGCAAUACCUCUAAUGAAACAGCAUAGAAACCAUUCUGUAACAAUGAGCCAACACCAGGCAGCUUGCCUAUUGGCCAAUGCUUUUUUCUGUACAUUCCCCAGAAGAAAUUCACAUAAACACUCGGAGUAUUCCUCUUUUCCUGACAUAAACUUUAACAGGUUAUUUCAAGGUGGUAAAGGUGGGACCAGUACUGUUAAAGCUGAAAAGCUAAAAGCAGUUUUGCAUUACUUCAAAUGUGUGACACAAACAAUACCAUCAGGAGUGCUUACCUUUCAAAGGCAGUCUAUACAGAGUGAUAAGUUCCCAAGAUGGGACAAGUGUCCAUCAAAGUUCACGAGGUUGCAUGUAUCAACCACUGGGACCAUUGAAGACGAUGGUGCUGGAUUUCUACAGGUUGAUUUUGCUAAUAAAUACAUUGGAGGUGGCGUCAUUGGUGAGGGAUGUGUUCAAGAAGAAAUACGAUUUCUAAUUUGCCCAGAAAUGAUGCUUUCGCGAUUAAUAUGUGAAAGAAUAGAUAUCAAUGAGUCCAUUAUAAUCACAGGUGCCCAGCGUUACAGUGACUAUACAGGAUAUGCGCACACAUUUAAGUGGGCAGGUAACCAUGACGAUCAAACCCCCAGGGACUCUUGGGGACGUCGACAUUGUCAAGUUGUUGCAAUUGAUGCUCAAGUCUUUCGUAGUUAUACUGAUCAGUUUAGAACUGGUUUCUUAAAGCGUGAAUUAGAUAAGGCAUAUUGUGGAUUCUUUUGUCCAUCUGAAAAGAAAUUCCUCCCUGCAGUAGCAACAGGAAACUGGGGCUGUGGAGCAUUUGGAGGGGACUCUCGCCUUAAAGCAAUAUUGCAAAUGAUGGCGGCAGCAGCCACUGAUAGAGACAUUGUGUAUUUUACAUUUGGUGAUUCGGAUCUAACAGAAGAGCUUCUKGAUGUCCAUACUUUUAUACAAGAAAAAGGGAUAACAGUUGGGGAGAUGUGGGGAAUUCUCUGCAAGUACGGGAAAGAAAUCUCUGCAGCAUCUUCAGUUCAUAUCAAGCUCUAUUCCUAUCUUUAUCAGCUUUAUCACCGAUAUGAUGCUGACACAGAUAGUGAACCAGAUGCACCAGAACAGGCUGCUCUUCCAUCUGAUAUUCYUGAAGACGUAAUGCAACCUGACAGUUUCUUGGACAAACUUGACUACUUYGAGAAACAGUCAUAGCGUCAAUUAGUUUUGUCGUUGUUUUUGUUUUCAUUUUUUUAUGUCCUAAAUCAAAUCCCAGUCUGUGAAAUGGUACAUAUUUUUUCACUAUGAUGCAAUGGUCUUCUUCACUGCACUUUUUCCUUACCCCCUCUCCCCACAGGUUACACUUUUUGGCUUGACACAGGAAUCCUGAGAUAUGUUGUCUGUGAAGAAGACUUGAAUAAUAGAAUYGAGUAUACUGUUUUGAAAUUAAAAUUAAGAUGGUUGCUUUUGCAAAAUUAUUGCCCCUGGUUUCGCCUGGGCCCCCAGGAAUGGAAGAAAUCCAGUUCCUUGUGGGGCAUUGUAAUUAAAAUAAAAAUCUCAUUAAUAGAAUAUAUAUAUAAUAUUUAUCUUUGAAAUGCUAUUUUGUAUCGUUUAUACUAGUUUGCUGUUGUAAUACUAGGAUAAUAGCUGUUAGUUAUCUUCUAAAAACAAGAAAAUUUCCAAAUGA